GUAGGAACAUUAUAUACGGUAGUUCAUCCAUUUUUUUUUCCUGCAAACGAAAACAGGUGGCGGAUGUUUGCAUUUUGUCAAUGGAACUCGAUAAAGCGGCGCACAAGCAGUGCAGAUAUGCUUAGGCGAUUUUGUGACAACUUUCUACAGAGAACGAGUCGUCUCGCUUUGCAGUCGACUCGGCGUACAUUUUAAUAAAAUACGUAUUGUCACAUGAUAUUAAUUUCAUUUACCAAGAACAUCAAACAUACCGCAUAACGUCGUAUGGAAUAAAUAAACAUUUCAAAAAUUUUAUACAUUAUACAUGUAUUAUUUACAUGUGUUGUCACGCAAUUCUUUUGACGAAAAAAUAAACAGCGUGUAUAUGUCAAGUUGAUCGAUAAAAAAAAAUGGUUUUUAUGACUUUGGCUACAAGCAUGAGGCACGAGUAUCUAGACGCGAUACGCCUGAUCGAGAAUUCCUAGUAACUCCAGAUUCCGGAAGUGCCAAGGCAUUUAAUAAAUCCUAGAAGGCACAAGGAGCGCGUGGGAGACUGAGAAAGAGAGAGAAUGAGAAAGAGUGAGACAGAGGGAGUGGGGUUGGGUGUUUGCUGGGAAAAGUUCUCGAUCGCGCGAGGAAUCUAAUUCGCGAGGAUGGACUUCAACGUGAAGAAGCUGGUGAAGGAUGCGGGGGCUGCUCUCAGCAGGGUUGUGCAGAUGACGGAGGAGACACUGGGUACUUCAGAAAAGACCGAGCUAGACGCGCACUUGGAACAUUUAGCGGAAAGAGGAAACGCUACCAAAACGUGGACAGAGAAAAUACUGCGAAACAUGGAAGCUGUGCUUACUCCGAAUCCCGGUAACAGGAUUGAAGAUUUCUUUUUUGAAAAGAUUGAUAAGAGGAGACCUAACAGGUUGAGCAAUUUGGAGUAUGUGGGCACUGAUAUGAUAGAAGCUGGGAAUGAUUUCGGUCCAGGGAUAGCUUACGGUAGCGCAUUAAUAAAAGUUGGCCAGUGUCAACAGAGAUUAGGACAGAUCGAAAGGGACUUUAUAGGAACUGCCGCCAACUGUUACAUACAGCCUUUGAGGAAGUUCUUGGAUGGAGAGAUGAAGACUGUCACCAAGGAAAUGGCGAUAUUGGAAAAUAAAAGAUUGGACCUGGAUGCGUGUAAAAAUAGAGUAAGGAAAGCGAGGAGCAUGCUGGGUCAACAAAGUGUAAGUACAGUUAAAUGUCGUUUUCACUUAAAAAUGUCUUCUAUACGUUUACGAUGUGUUUUGUCCUCCACACUGCUGCGAUUUAUAGGAGUCCGGCAUAUCACCCGAAGUGUUGCUCGAUCAGGCAGAGAGGGAGCUAAGGGUAGCGCAAUCCGAGUUCGAUCGGCAAGCGGAGAUCGUGAAGCUGCUGCUGGAGGGUGUCUCGAGCUCGCAGGCUGGACACUUGCGAUGCCUGCACGAAUUCGUGGAGGCACAAGCACGUCAUUAUGCACAGUGCCAUGCCGCCAUGCAGGAUCUACAGCGCGAGCUUGCCGGGGCGCGUCAACCGAGCCCUAUGCUGAGAGUCAACAGCGAGGAAGUGAUCGAGCUAAACCCCUCGCCUACUCUCCCUCAAAACUCGUCCGUAACCGCCGGAUCUGCCGAUUACGUUACCGCCACAUUCGACACUGAUAUCAGUAAAAUUUAGUUUUCGAUGCUUCGAACAUGAGCGUUGACGGAUUGUUACAAAUUUCGAAUCCAGUUGACAAAUUAAUUGAUGAAUCUAUGUUAGCUGUAUCACGCAGUUUUCCCUUUCCAGCGACGCGUUUGUUGAAGUUACUCUACGUAUUCCGUGUUAAAAAAGCUUGGUUCCAACUGUCGCUUAAUCGUUACAAGCUUGUUACUGAAUAAAUACUCUAUAUCGUUGUAUAAUUGUACAUGCAAUUGUAUAUUUAGGCGAAAUAGAACGGACGAAGUAUCCUUCUCGAGCAAACCUCUUUGUGAACGAUUUACGGCGAUCAGUGCGGUCUGUUCUUGUCUUAUCUUCAUCAUCUUCUACUCUAUUACCUCUUAUAGUUCUUGUAUUGUCUUUGGAGAACGUUGCUUUGGAUCGCCGUAACUCGGCCGAGAAUGGCCAUGAUGGCAUCAAAGAGUAACUAAUCCUCGGUGCUACAACAAUGCCAUGUAACUAAACAACGACAUAAUUGUAGAUACAUAUCACGCUUUUCUUGUUUUUGUACUAGGAUGUUGAUAAUCUGCCUGUAUCAUAUACUGUGGGGGAGAGAUUAAAUUUCCAUUCCCCUUUCGUAAUAUCGGGGAUAUCAGGGUGAACCGUGUAACAAUAAUGCAUGUAAUUAAAUCGGUAGAAUUGAGGACUCCCACACACUCGCAAGAGAACGGACUAAUUUGCCGAAUAAAAAAUGUAGCCAAUCCGAAAUUCGAUCUCUUUGCAUGCAUACUGACUCAAUUUCAUCACAAUCGAACACUUGUUAUCUCGCUUGUUGUCAAGUAACGACCAUAUAAAGUCCGGUAUGUGCCUGAUUAAACGUGAAACGAUAUUACAAUACGUUCACGUUGUAUAAUUCUCGUAAAAAGUUGCUUACAAGUUCGGUUGUGUCCCUCCAUUCUCCACGUUUCCUUCGUACACGAGUUUAUUACAGAUAAGAUUUACAGCACUAUAAUUCACUUGUCGUUUACCUACCCAGACUAUCUGGGGGUCCCUAUUACACCACCCCACCAGCCACCACCAACGCACUAGCCGAGAAUGGUCAGGACAGAGCGAGAGUGUUGUGCAAUUACGACGCGAGGGAUCCUAGCGAGCUAAGCGUCAUGCAGGACGAGGUAACCAAGUUUGUGAUUUAGGUACUCGACAGCAUGUUUGGCGAUGUCUCGAAGUGAAGGGCAUGAAUCAGUAGUCGGGUUAAGUUACGAUACUGUAAGGUCACUUAUAGUCUUAUAGUUACAAUCUCUUUUUUUAAUCAUUCUGUAUAAAUAUGUAUUGUAGAGAUUUCCUUUUGUAUCUUCCUCGGACCGUUGUGUAAGACUCGUUUUAGGCUUAAAUCUUUCGGGACUGUGUCGUCGAUUUUACGAAUCUCGAUUCUGAAGAAUUCGGACCCGACGCGUCCGGAGAGAGAGAUCUGUCCCGAAAGGAUUAAGACACUGCCCCGAGAUGUUGAAAACUUCUUUAAAUACGCGUUAUAGAGUUAAGUAUUCGUUAAGUACACGUUUCAAAUCGAGACGCUCGUAUAUAUUUACAUAACUUUAAGAGCUCUCUGUUAAUACUAACAACAUUGUACUGCAUUUAUUUUUAAGCAGCUAAUACGUUGUUAACUUUCAAGAUAUUACAUAUUGUUCUCGAAAGAAAGCUUACAAAUCUCAUACUCUCUGUCAAAAGAAACAAAAAAAAAAAAAAAAUGUUGAAAACUCACGAUACUCCUGCAAUGCAUGAAUUCAAUGCAAAGAUAGUUGAAAAACACUAUUUUCCAAUACAUGCUAGAUGGAAAAUAUAAGAACAGUAAUAACGUAACAAUUAGUAAUAUUAAUAAUACACAAAUCGUGCAAAAUUUCGAAAUCAUUGAAUAUUGUAACCGAUUCUUUAAAGAAAUGUAACUUCUAUCUCACAAAUUGCUAGACGUGAUAUGAAAUAUAUCGAUUAAUUCGACUAGGAAAGUUUUUAUGUCCACGAGAUUAGCAAUUAUAUCACACAUCCUAAUUAUACACACCGAGUUAUAUUGUGCAUGAUAGACAUGUAUCGUAAUUUUCAAUUUGUUUGGACUUACUUGCGCUUUCUUACCAUUUCCUUUUUUAAUCGAUGUGUUUGUAUCACGUAUUACACGCUCGCCUCACGUCUACAGAUUUGUAACACGAAUACAGGACACAUCGCGCGAAUGGAUCUGAUCAUAAACGUAUUUGUGCGUGGACUAGUUAUUGUAUAUUUAUUCAAAUUGUGCAUGUAUUAUCAAUAAACGCCUACCGUUUUACUUUGUUACAAGCAUUUGAUUUAUUGUGUCACGACUACCGUAUCUUUUACGUAUUGUUUUGUAUACGCUUAUCUCGAUGUGUAUUUACAAUGACGCUAAUGCGUGCCUGUAUCAUAAUUAAUACUACGUUGUACUAAUUAGAUUGUGUACAAAGUUAGACUUUAAUAAAUUGAAUAUAUCUUGAGAAAAAGAAAGAUGGGAGAUAUAAAUAUCUUUUUUCUAGGUAAUCGGUAUUUACGAAAUUCUCGAUGAUGACGAUUACUACAUGGGAAUCAGAGGCAAUCAGCGGGGAAAGGUGCCCAAAGUAUACCUGGAGACGCUUAUUAUACGUCGUUAAUGCACUUAGAAGCUAACCCGUCAAUUGCAUUUCUAGAGUCAAUUUAGCGCACUGCUCUCUCUUUCGCCAAGUCUUUUUUCAGCUUCAAUUAGUCGAAAUAAUGACCGUCUUGUACUUGGCUUGAAAGGUGAUUCGUUAUUUCAGGACCAAGAGAUUAAUAUAUCGCGAUUUAAAUAAAUCACUAUCCAUGAUUGAAGCACGCAACACGAUGGAAUUGUUCUUGUAUUCAAUCAACAUUGUGCUUCGCGAUCGUGGAGAUUUUUCUUUUCACGAGUGGCCGAGUGGUCGAAUAAACACGUUCACAUUUAAAGAUUUAUUAAUAGUACAUAAUAUAUGUAUAAAAGUUUACUUCUUUUUCGACACACCGACCGUGCGUCCACGACGACCAGUAGUCUUAGUGUGCUGACCACGUACACGGAGACCCCAGUAAUGACGCAGACCUCUAUGAGCACGGAUCUUCUUCAUCCUUUCCAAAUCCUCGCGCAGUUUAGAGUCCAAGUUGGCACUCGUGAGCUGCAAAAUAAUACACAAAGUUUUAGAGAUAUCUCGAGACUUUACUAAAGUUGCAAAAUUAUAUGUAAAUAACUUAAUCUUUAUUGUUGCACUUGUACCUGUUAUUCAAGUUAGUUAGAAACACUACAAAGAAAUAAAAUUGUACAGCAGUGCAGUCACUAUUGCACAAGCUACCAGCUGAACAUGCAAUGAACAUUUGCAUGAUCAGUCGUGAAUUUGUGCGAUGGAAAUUGCAUGGUAUAUUACAAAGAUGGAUAAAUUAUUAUAAAUCAUCGCUAUAUCUUUAUAUAUCUUUACGUCAGUUGAAUCUCAAUAAAUACUGUUACUCAAUAAUUCCAUAUACAAGAAAUAUGUUUCUCCAAGUGUAUGAUUUUGCAUUUUUUGACAAUAAAGCCUAUGUGUUUCA